GGUAUUAUAGAAAAAUCAAAAGUGAAAGGAAUUCCUAUCAUUAUUGAUGCUGAUGGACUGUGGCUCAUUUCCCAGCAGCCUUCCCUAAUUCAAGGCUACCAGCGAGCUAUUCUUACUCCAAACUACAUGGAGUUUAGUAGACUGUAUGAAGCCAUGCUUAGAGACCCCGUAGACAGUAGUGAUCAUCAUGGAUGUGUAUUAAGACUCAGCCAAGCCAUGGGAAAUCUGACAGUUGUUCAAAAGGGAGAAAGAGAUCUUAUUUCAGAUGGAGAGAAAGUACUGGUAUGCAGUCAUGAAGGAAGCAACCGGAGAUGCGGCGGACAGGGGGACCUCCUUUCUGGUUCUCUUGGAGUCUUGGCACACUGGGCCUUUCUUGCUGGAGUAGAAAAAACAAAUGGUCAAAAUCCCUUUCUGGUGGCUGCGUUUGGAGCGUGCUCUCUCACGAGGCAGUCUAACCACCAGGCCUUUCAGAAGUUCGGACGUUCAAUGACUGCCUCCGACAUGGUUUCAGAAGUUGGAACAGCAUUUAACAAACUUUUUGAGACCUGAAGCCAAAGCAGCACAGAAGAAGGAAAGGAAGAGCAAUGACUGCAAGAGUAAUUACAUUUACUGUAGAAUUUCCAUAGGUAAUGCACCCUUUCAAGUGCUGUAGCAGCAUUGGAAUGCUAGGUAGAUUUUUUUUUUUUAUUUUUCAGAAUAGAAAAAUAUGAUUAAUGUAGAUAUUUUUUAAGAGUUUGGGAUACAAAAAUGUUUUGGCUGGAAUAAGCUGUAGUUGCAGAUCUGUUAUAAUAUAAUAAAACUAAACUGAAAGUA